AAGAGGACAGGGAUGCUGGGCGUGAGGGACCCAGGCCUGCCCUGCACCUAGACCUCCUCUGGCCAGUGUUCACCAGGGAGUUCUGAACCUCUGGCCAGUCAGGACCCAUUCCAGGAGGCCCUCCUCCUGACUUGGGCUGCCGAACUCAGCUCCAGGCAGCAGGGAAGAUUGCAGAGCCAGCAUGGAUCCUGACAGUGAUCAACCCCUGAACAGCCUCGAUGUCACCCCCCUGCGCAAACCCCGCAAACCCCUGAGGGCCUUCAAAAAGGUGUGGGUCCCCAUCAUUGCAGCACUGCUGAUCGUGGCAACCAUCAUCAUUACGGCUGUCCUCAUCAAGGUGAUUCUGGAUAAAUACUACUUCCUCUGCGGGAAGCCCCUCCACUUCAUCCCAAAAAUGCAGGUGUGUGACGGCGAGCUGAACUGUGCCUUGGGGGAGGACGAGGAGCAUUGUGUCGAGAACUUCCCCACUGGGUCUGCAGUGGCAGUCCGCCUCUCCAAGGACCGAUCCACCCUGCAGGUGCUGGACCCGGCCACCGGAAAGUGGGCCUCUGCCUGUUUCGACGGCUUCACAGACGCUCUGGCCAAGACAGCCUGUGGGCAAAUGGGCUAUGGCAGCAGACCCACUUUCAGAGCUGUGGCAAUUGGCCCAGACCAGGAACUGGAUGUUGUUGAAAUCACAGAAGACGGCCAGGAGCUUCAGGUGCGAAACUCAAGUGGACCCUGUCUCUCAGGCUCCCUGGUUUCCCUGCAGUGCAUUGCCUGUGGGCACAGCCUGAAGACUACUCGGGUGGUGGGCGGGGAGGAGGCCCCUGUGGAUGCCUGGCCUUGGCAGGUCAGCCUCCAGUACAAUAAACAGCACAUCUGUGGAGGGAGCAUUCUAGACCACCGCUGGAUCCUCACGGCAGCUCACUGCUUCAGGAAGCAUCCUGAUGUGUCCAACUGGAAGGUGAGGGUCGGCUCAAACAAAUUGGACAACACUCUGUCCCGGCCUGUGGCCAAGAUCUUCAUCAUUGAGUUCAACGUCAUGUACCCCAAAGAGAAGGACAUUGCCCUGGUGAAGCUGAAGUUCCCACUCACAUUCUCAGACACAGUCAGGCCCAUCUGCCUGCCCUUCUUUGAUGAGGAGCUUGCUCCAGCCACCUCACUCUGGGUCGUCGGAUGGGGCUUUACAAAGCAGAAUGGAGGGAAGAUGUCUGACACACUGCUGCAGGCGUCAGUCCAGGUCAUUGACAGCACACGAUGCAACGCAAGCGAUGCAUACCAGGGGGAAGUCACCAAGGAGAUGAUCUGUGCAGGCCACCCACACGGUGGCGUGGACACCUGCCAGGGUGACAGUGGUGGGCCCCUGAUGUACCAAUCUGACCAGUGGCAGGUGGUGGGCAUCGUGAGCUGGGGCUAUGGCUGCGGGGGGCCGAGUACCCCAGGAGUGUACACCAAGGUCACAGCCUAUCUCAACUGGAUCUACACUCUCCGCAAGUCUGAGCUGUAAUGCUGCUGCCCUUCUGCAGUGCUGGGAGCUGUGUCCCCCUGCCCCGUCCACCAGGGGAUCUCCCAGAAGUCAGACACAGAGCAAGAACCGCCAUGGGCCUGCCUCUUCACUCACGGCCUCAGCAUUUCACGGAGCAGCAAAGAACCUCCAUUCCUGUAAGAGAUCCCCACAGCCCUGAGGCACCCAGAGGAAGCCAGCAGCCCCAGCAUCCCAGGGAGAGAUGCAGCCCACUGAAGGAGCCAGCCUGCAGGCCAAGGUCUCAGAAAGCAUUGCUAAACCGAGAAGGCACUUUCCCACUCUACUGAAUGGAAGUAGACUCUCUUGUGAACACCCAGAUCACCAAGGGCUGGAGUGGAGGAGGAAAGGGUCCGAGCCAGCCCUCCUUCUCCACCCAUCCCCAAGCCCACUGGAGCAAGAAAUCAGUGGUGACAUAAAAAAUACUGUCCUCCCAUUGGCAUGACUACUGUACCUACUGUUGUUAUUAUAGUUACCUCUGU